AUGCAGCGUGCUUUUACAAGUAUGGAAUACGGCACAGAUAAAUCUCAUCCUAUUAGUCGUUGCACCAACCUCACCCUCACCACCACCACCACCACCACCACCAUUACAACAACAACAGCAACUACUACUACUACUACUACUACUACUACUAGUCUCCCUUCUGAACAACUGUUGGAUUUGGUCCGCGGUGGGUUCCAGCCGCGCCUUCCGACUUCGCUGCCGCCCCCAGGGCAGCAGCAGCAGCCGUCGCCGCUACCACGCCGACAGCCCGUCCCGUUGAUGCCUCCCGCGCAGCUUCAUGCGGGAGCGCCCCGGGUGGUCGCUCCGGCGCCUGCGGUCCCUCUUCAGUCGCCACCGCCUUCGGAGCUGAUGGACGUCGACCCCUCAGCCGGGCCGCCUUCCCAAGCGGUGGCUGUGCAGCCUGUACUGCAGCCGCUUUCCUUGGGCACCCCCAAGGAGUCUGACACCGCAGCGCCUUGUCCGGCGCCCACUCAGCAGCCGUCGACGCAGCGUCAGGAGACGCUACCUCUCUUCCUGGGUCCCGACGCCCCGUCGCGUCCAGUACCAGAAGCUGCGCCCGUGGUCACAGGCGUGCACCCUGACCUCGGUUUUCAGGCAUUUGAAGACAAGAACUGGAUGUGCAGCUGA